ACACACUCUCUCACUCUCCGUGGGAGUAAGUGUGUAAGUAAAGAAGGGACGAGGAAACGAGAGAGAAGGGAGAGAGAGAGAGCGUGAUUCCAGGUCUCUCUCUGCUGCUCUCUCCACUUUGGGUACCCAUUCUGACUCAAUGGGGCUUCAGCACUAAGGGGUUAAACGUUCAAAUAAAAUAUAUUUAUUCAGCCCUAAAUCUCCUUUAGUGUUUAGGUUUGAUGCAUUAAGACAGACGGACAGGUAACCAUCAAGCAAGGUCUCGUGGAGAGAGGCAGAGAGUCUCCAGAGGCGUGCCUUGCUGGUCCGUUGCCUCGCAGAAGCUCUAGUCGGGUCCCUGUCGUCGGCUGGCUCUCUGCGCGAGGAUAACUUCCACCGUACUCCACACAGCCCAUCCAGGCCGGCCAACUACUGCAACACUAUGGAUACUGGAGAUUGUCCCUACCGGAAGAAACGGAGACCAUGGCGCAUGGACAUCUCAUCCUUCGCCUUGGGAACCCUGGUGCUCAUCGUGUGCCAAACGACCGUGGUUCGGUCAGACCCAGUGGACGUGUUGCGGGCUCUGCAGGUUCCCUCUCUCCCCGAGGGAGUGAAGAAGGUCCCCGGCUUCUGCACCUCCCGGCGCUCCGGCAGCCCCGACCACGCCUACCGCAUCACCAAGAAGGCCCAGAUCUCCGCCCCCACCAAGCAGCUCUUCUCGGGUCGAUUCCCAGAGAACUUCUCCAUCAUGGCUCUGGUUAAGGCCCAGGCUGGUCUCCAGGCCUUCCUCCUCUCCAUCUACAGCGAGCAGGGUAUCCAGCAGCUGGGCGUUGAAAUGGGACGCUCCCCUGUCUUCCUGUAUGAGGACCAAAACGGAAAGCCGUCCCCCGAGGACUACCCGCUGUUCAGAGGCGUCAACCUGGCUGAUGGCAAGUGGCAUCGCAUCGCCUUCUCUGUUUCAAAGAAAAAUGUGACUCUGCUGGUGGACUGCAAGAAGAAAAUGACCCAAGCGCUGCCCCGCGGCAACAACGCAGAGGUCGACACCAAUGGCAUCACGGUGUUCGGCGCCCGUCUGCUCGAUGAGGAAGUUUUCCAGGGAGACAUCCAGCAGCUGCUGGUCGCCUCCAACCCCCAGGCUGCCUACGACUUCUGUGAACACUACAGCCCCGACUGUGACUCCGCGCUGCCCAGGAUGCAGGCUCAGGACCCCGACACAUACAAGAAGGCCCCCACCAAAUCCCCGCCUGUCAAACCAAAACCCACCCCAGCUAAGCCGGCAAAGACUGGACCAAACAAGCCCGUAGUUAAGACACCCUUUCCCACCAGAGCUCCCAAGUCUUCCUCAGCAAAGCCAGCUAGAGCAAAGCCAACUGCAGUAGAGAUCCUCUUUUCUAAGAUCAAACCAACAUCAGCAGCUAAAUCUAAGCCCAUAGCUCCCCCAGCUAAGAACGGUAAUGGUAAACCAGCUGCAGAGAAGAAAGCAAAUGGUGCAGCUAAAGCCAACGGCAAUGGAAAGGCAACAGUUACAAAAACAAAUGGCAACGGCAAAGCUACAGCUGAUGCUAAGUCCACAGCUCAGGCCAAAGUGAAUGGAAAUGGAAAAGCUUUAGCUGAUAAGAAAGUCAAUGGUAACGGAAAUGGAAAAUCCUCAGCAGAAAAGAAAGCCAAUGGAAAUGGAAAAGGCACUGUUGUGUCUAAGACUAGUGCAAACGGCAAAGCUUCAGCAGAGAAAAAGGCUAAUGGGAAUGGCAAAACUACCAUUGAGGUUAAAGUCAAAGUUAACGGCAAAACUGAUAAUAAACUCAGCGGUGAGGCUAAGGCUAAUGGCAAAGGAAUGACUGUGGUAGAAAAGAAAGCCGUUAAUAAUGGUGCAAAAAUUGAAACCACUACAACAGCAAAGACUGAGAGCGUUGUAAAAGUAGAAAAUAUAGAAAAUACUGUGGUCAGGGCAGCUAAAGUAGCUACCAAAGUAGAAGCAUCAAAGGCACCAAAACCCACAAAAGCAUCUAAAGCUGAACCAACAAAAACGGCAAAGCCCGUGGCCACCAAAGCUCCCGGAUUAAAAGUCAAAGAGGUCACCAAAGUUAAAACUGUGGUCACCAAAGUCCCUCUGGUCAAAUCAUCGCUGAGCAAAGUUGUGAAAAAUGUGAUUGAAAAGGUUUCCAUCCUGAAGAAAGAAGCUCCAAAACCCGCCCCUGUCCGGCCCACUCCACCCAGACCCACCAAAUCCAAGUUACCGGGGGACCUUAAUGUCAAAUCCCUGCACAAACCAUUCCCGCCCUUUGGAAAGGCCGCGCUGAGUGGAACCACAGUCACAGAGAGGAAAACCAACCGUUAUCAACAGGAUGUAGAUACUGAAUAUUCCGAGGCUGGCCACACCCCUACAGAGACUGAUUAUUUCUAUGAGGAGACGGUGCCAGAGGGUGAGGUGAUUGGACAACAAGAGAUCCCUGCACAGCCCCAGGUGGAGACAAUGUUGGUGGGCGAGGAGGUAGAUGCCACCAAGGCAGGCGGUGCGGGCGAGGAGGCCUUCACUGAGGAGUAUGUGACUGGGGACGUGGGCCUUAAGGAAUACGACUAUUCCUACAGGGACUACAGUGAACCAAUGCCAGAGAGCCGAGGGGGCGAUGCCAACAUGGGCCCCGCCCUGUCCGCUGUGACAGACGAGGGAGGCGCCGUGGUCAGAGGCCAGAAGGGAGACAAAGGAGACCCUGCUGUUUUGGAGCCUGGUAUGCUGAUUGACGGACCUCCAGGCCCUGAGGGACCUGCUGGUCCUACUGGCCCCUCUGGCUCCUCUGGACCUCCUGGCUCUGCUGGUGACCCUGGCGAGAGGGGCGUUCCUGGUAGGGCUGGUCUGCCCGGAGCGGAUGGAAUCCCUGGACCUCCUGGAACCUCAGUCAUGCUGCCUUUCCGUUUCGGUCAGAGUGGAGGAGAUAAGGGUCCUUCCGUUUCUGCACAGGAAGCUCAGGCAGCAGCCAUCUUGUCUCAGGCGAGGAUGGCUCUGAAAGGACCUCCUGGGGCGAUGGGAUUCACUGGCCGCCCCGGACCCCUGGGAAAUCCAGGUGGUAAUGGUUUGAAGGGAGAGAGUGGUGACCCCGGUCCUCAGGGUUCCAGGGGACCUCAGGGCACGAUGGGACCUCCAGGCAAAUCAGGAAGAAGAGGCCGGGCUGGUGCUGAUGGUGCCAGGGGAAUGCCAGGAGAGUCUGGAACUAAGGGUGACCGUGGUUUUGACGGACUUCCAGGUUUGCCCGGCGACAAAGGACACAGGGGUGACUCAGGCCCAUUAGGACCCCCAGGAGCUCAAGGGGAGGACGGAGAAAGGGGAGAUGAUGGAGAUGUUGGACCAAGGGGUCUCCAAGGUGAACCAGGACCACGCGGUUUGCUCGGACCCAAAGGUCCUCCAGGAAUCUCUGGACCUCCUGGUGUACGAGGGAAUGACGGGCCCCACGGUCCCAAAGGAAACUUGGGUCCCCAAGGAGAGCCAGGACCUCCAGGUCAGCAGGGAACUCCUGGAACUCAGGGUAUGUCAGGACCUCAGGGAGCCCUUGGACCCCCGGGAGAGAAAGGUCCCACAGGAAAACCAGGUCUGCCAGGAAUGCCCGGAGCCGACGGCCCUCCUGGUCACCCAGGAAAGGAGGGGCCUUCUGGCACCAAAGGAAACCAGGGUCCCAAUGGUCCCCAGGGUGCCAUCGGUUAUCCCGGCCCUCGUGGCAUCAAGGGAGGUCAAGGAAUCCGUGGGCUGAAGGGUCACAAGGGAGAGAAGGGAGAAGAUGGUUUCCCUGGAAUUAAGGGAGAUUUUGGUGUCAAGGGAGAGCGGGGUGAACUUGGAAUGUCAGGGCCCAGAGGAGAAGAUGGCCCCGAGGGGCCAAAGGGCCGCGUUGGACCCCCCGGUGAGAUCGGACCACUUGGUCUGCUUGGAGAGAAGGGUAAACUUGGUGUACCUGGGCUGCCUGGAUAUCCUGGAAGACAAGGACCCAAGGGAUCUCUUGGAUUCCCAGGAUUCCCCGGUUCAAACGGCGAGAAGGGAACGAGGGGUCUUGGGGGCAAAUCAGGGCCAAGAGGACAAAGAGGACCAACGGGCCCCCGAGGGCAGAGAGGACCGAGGGGCUCGACUGGGAAAUCUGGAGCAAAGGGAACGUCUGGAAGCGAUGGGCCUCCUGGUCCUCUUGGAGAGAGGGGAUUGCCCGGACCUCAGGGAGCCAAUGGUUUCCCUGGACCAAAAGGACCUCCUGGGCCACCCGGAAAGGACGGGCUGCCUGGACACCCUGGGCAGAGAGGAGAAGUUGGUUUCCAAGGCAAAACGGGUCCACCUGGACCUCCUGGAGUUGUUGGACCUCAGGGUCCAUCAGGAGAGACCGGCCCUUUGGGCGAGCGUGGCCACCCUGGACCCCCAGGUCCACCUGGUGAGCAGGGACUUUCUGGUCCCUCUGGCAAGGAAGGCACCAAGGGAGACCCUGGACCCUCCGGAGGCCCCGGUAAAGACGGGCCCCCAGGACUGAGAGGCUUCCCUGGGGAGAGAGGACUACCUGGAACCCCUGGAGGUGGAGGACUGAAGGGAAGUGAAGGACCUGCCGGACCUCCUGGAUCCGCGGGGUCUCCUGGUGAGAGGGGACAAGCCGGUACUGCUGGACCUGUUGGACCUCCUGGUAGACCAGGCCCUCAGGGGCCUCCUGGAUCAUCUGGAGAGAAAGGAGUUCCUGGGGAAAAAGGUCCAAUUGGCCCGGCCGGCCGUGAUGGAGUGCAGGGUCCUGUGGGUCUGCCUGGCCCGGCGGGAUCACCGGGAAUAGCCGGAGAGGACGGAGACAAGGGUGAAGUUGGAGAGCACGGCCAGAAGGGUGCCAAGGGAGGAAAAGGAGAGCAUGGUCCUCCUGGCCCACACGGGCCAAUGGGUCCUGUUGGUCAGCCUGGUCCUGCUGGUGCUGACGGAGAGCUUGGACCAAGGGGCCAGCAGGGGCCAUUUGGAUCCAAAGGUGACGAAGGAACCAGAGGAUUCCCAGGAGCUCCAGGACCCAUCGGAUUACAGGGAUUGCCGGGACCACCAGGUGAGAAGGGAGAGACAGGAGAUGUUGGACCUCUGGGUCCUCCAGGUCCCCCAGGACCCCGUGGUCCCGCUGGACCCAGCGGUGCUGACGGUCCUCAAGGUCCUCCUGGUGGUUUGGGUAAUCCUGGACCUAAUGGAGAGAAGGGAGAGCCUGGUGAGGGCGGACCACCUGGAAUCGUAGGGGAGCCCGGGAAGAAGGGUCCUCGAGGAGAGCGCGGAGAGAAGGGAGAAGCCGGACAACCUGGAACUGCUGGAGCUGCUGGAGGACGAGGAGGGCCUGGAGAUGAUGGACCCAAAGGAAACCCUGGCCCGGUUGGUUUCCCUGGUGAUCCUGGUCCCCCUGGUGAGGUUGGACCCAGAGGUCAAGAUGGCGCGAAGGGAGAGAGAGGAGAAGAUGGUGAAUCAGGAGAAUCUGGCUCCCCAGGACCCCCUGGUGAGAACGGACCUCCAGGCCCCCUAGGAAAGAGGGGCCCUGCUGGAACAAAAGGACCAGAGGGACGUCAGGGAGAGAAGGGAACCAAGGGAGACACGGGUGCUAUCGGCCCCCCAGGAAAGACCGGUCCCGUAGGCCCCCAGGGUCAACCAGGAAAACCAGGAACGGACGGCCUUAGGGGACUCCCGGGAUCAGUGGGUGAACAAGGAUCCCCAGGACUCGCUGGACAGAAAGGACCACCUGGACCCAUCGGACCUCCUGGUUUGCUUGGUCUGCGCGGAGACCCAGGUGCUAAGGGAGAGAAGGGACAUCCUGGUCUUCUCGGUCUCCCUGGGGCCCCAGGAGAGCAGGGGGAAAAGGGAGACAGAGGUUUGCCUGGACCACAGGGAUCCUCUGGAUCAAAGGGAGAGUCUGGAAUGUCUGGAGGCUCCGGACCCCUCGGCCCUUCGGGUCCUGCUGGUCUGCCUGGUCCUCAAGGUGUCAAGGGAGCUAAGGGCUCUUCUGGUGGAGCUGGUCCAAAGGGAGAAAAGGGUGUACAAGGACCCCCCGGAUCCCCUGGCCCACCAGGCGAGGUCAUUCAGCCUCUGCCCAUACAGAGGAGUCCCAAGUCGAAGCGCUCCAUCGAUGCCAGCCAGCUGCUCCCCGACAUCGACAUGCCCGCGUCUGACGCCGCUGGCACUGAGUUCCUGAUGGGCACCGAAGGCAUGGAGGAGAUCUUCGGCUCGCUCAACUCCCUCCGACACGAGAUCGACACCUUGCGUUUCCCUCUCGGCACCCAGGACAGCCCUGCCCGCACCUGCCAGGACCUGCACCUGAGCCAGCCGGAGCUCAAAGACGGAGAGUACUGGAUCGACCCCAACCAGGGCUGCUCCAGAGACUCAUUCAAGGUCUUCUGUAACUUCACCAGCGGAGCAGAAACCUGCCUGUACCCCAACAGGAACAUCAACACGGUGAAGAUGAGUUCCUGGGACGACGAGACCCCAGGUUCCUGGUACAGCCAGUUUGCUACUGGUAGUAAGUUCUCCUAUGUGGACUCUACCGGUGAGCCCGUGGGUGUGGUCCAGCUGGGCUUCCUGCGUCUCCUCAGCGUCCAGGCCCGCCAGAACCUCACGUACCACUGCCACCGCUCAGUGGCCUGGGCCGACCUCAGCGCCAACAACUACAACAGGGCGCUGCAGCUCCAGGGGGCCAACGACGAGAAGCUGAGCUACGAGACCAACCCUUACAUCAAGGCCUUGGUCGAUGGCUGCUCUUACCGUAAGGGCUUUGACCGGACAGUCCUGGAGAUCAACACGCCACAGGUGGAGCAUCUUCCUCUGCUGGACGUCAAGGUGUCAGACUUUGGGGAGAGCAACCAGCAGUUUGGCUUUGAAGUGGGACCUGUCUGUUUCCAAGGCUAAAACAUGUACACACACAACCACGCAUCAUGCAAAGAAUCAACACGUGCAGUCACUCAUGCACACACACACACACACACACACUUCGAGAAACACUUAUAUAUAUGAAACAUUCACAACCAGUAAUUUGUAAAUUAACUUGUAAAUUAUAUGGAACACGAACCCACUGACACACACACACACACACACACAUCCACACACGCACAUGCUUUUGUGAGACAAACACUCACUCUGGAGCACGUGACGGGGAAAGCGACAUCCUCCCAACAAUUAAUGGACGUAAAAAAAAGUUAAAGAGGAGAGAAAUACCAAAGAAACUUGCGGAGAGGAGACCAUCGUUUGGAAGAAAAACCAGGAGAUUCUUUGGAACGAAACAGUGAUUUCUUCACCUGCAGGAAAGGGGGCCCGCCGCCUACAUGAGGCCCGAAGCAGCCCCUCCCCCACCCCCCCAGUCUCUGAUCCCCCCUCACUCAUCUCUUCUCCCCGCUGUGUCUCUUCUACUUUACACCCACAUAGACUGAUCUGCCUCCCCUCACCUCUUCUCAAAAAUAGGUCACAUUUGGACACUGUUUCCUUUUCUUUUGAUCCCGAGUUCACUCUGUGAGCGGCGCGGACAUCAGGGGGGCCGAGAGGCUCCUACGGGGCUGACACGACUCUCAGGUGAAAAGUGAUGAAAAGGGGGUUCACCAUUGGAAGUUUUGAAUGGGCUUUUUACCUGAGAAGUUCUCACAUCAAACCAAACAAACUAGUUGUGUGAGAAAAGAAAGUGCAGUGACCCGUCAGCCGUGUUGUUCCCAUUAAAGCACACAGCUCUCAGCUGGCUCCUUUUUUGUCUCUUUGUAAGAUUCUCCAUGUGAUCACCUGCUCGGAGGAACGAAACAACACGUUCACGUCGUUGAACAGAUCAGUGAAUUUAAAAGCCAUUACUUUCCCAAACUGUGCUGAACUUGAUGUGAUUGUACUCGCGUGUCACUGGUGCCUUUUCAAAGGGCCGAUGCUUCUUCUGCUGGGUCACUAUACGCAGCGGUCCUGUGUCUGCUGAGUCACUUUCUGGGUUCUUUGAUUGUUCUUUUCCAUCUUGUGAUUGCGUCCAAGCGCUGAGCAUCAUCAGGGUUUAAACAUGUAUCUGAAAGUUCCCUCCUUCUUUUUCCAUGCAGCAGUGAAUAAAACGCAUGCUUUACUGAAAGAAACUGUGUGGCAAGGUGCUAAUUAUACCAACACAUAAAACCUUUAGUGUCCACCCUGAGUCCUACUCCUUAGUCCCUUUUACAGGUUCAUGAAGUCUUUUACUAUGGAAAAUGUGCAUUGCAUUACAUUUGUACAGAAAUAGUGAUAUUCUAUCUUAUUUAUUUAAAACAAACAGGGUACUUUGUGAUUGAAUAAUACAAGGACCACCAAAUAUGCCAGUCAAAUGUGGUAUAUUUCAUUUGUAUUUAUUUCCUGUGACUGACACGUGGAGGUGAAGGGAAGCGAGUGACUCCAAACAAUCUGUGGCCAUAUCUUAUUGUAAAAUCCCCAACGCCUGUACUGUGCUGUUCAUUUCUGCUUCCUCUGUAAUGAUUAAACGGUGACUCUGCAGUUCUGUCACAUUUCCUUGUGGUUGCUACUGUUUGGGUUUUGGCUCUCAGGUUAAUCAGUCACUGGGCUUUGGGAUGCAUCACAAACAGCUCACUGAGUCGGCCCCCGGCGUUGAUCUAAGGGGCUGAAGGGGGCUGAGUUGUGGUGUGAGACCACGGCGGGUAGGAAAGGCUGAGAGAGGGAGGAGACGACUUGUCAGCCAUCAGGGGAUCGAACGGGUGAACGCGAUAUCUUUGGGUACAUCGUGGCUGUGGGGUGAGAUCAGACUAGGGUUCUGCUCUUUUUGUUGUUGUUUUGUUAUUGUUUGUCCUUUCAUUUUUAUUUUUACUAUAGCAGGGAAAACGGGGGUAGCCAAGCUAAACCUAAAAACUAAAAAAUCCGACCUUGAGAUUCUCCAAAGUGAAUAACUUCGAAUAUCUGUCUGCUUUUACUGUGUUGAAGGCAAACGUUUCAACAAAAAAAAAAUGGUGCUGAAAAGAGGAAAAAAAGUAUUAUUUUAUAAUGUGUGUAAGUAUUUUUUUUUAAAUAAUUGUCUCUGUAAUAUAUACUCUUUUAAAAAGA